GGGCAGGGCGAGCGCGGUGAGGCGCUCCUGGCCUGGCGUCCUGCUUCCGCAGACCCUGCUGUCUCUCCUGCCCCGGCCCGGCUCACCCUCAUGUACCGCGCGCUGUACGCGUUCCGCUCGGCGGAGCCCAACGCGCUGGCGUUCGCCGCGGGCGAGACCUUCCUGGUUCUGGAGCGCAGCAGCGCGCACUGGUGGCUGGCGGCGCGGGCGCGCAGUGGCGAGACGGGCUACGUGCCGCCCGCCUACCUGCGCCGCCUGCAGGGCCUGGAGCAGGAUGUCCUCCAAGCCAUUGACAGGGCCAUUGAGGCUGUGCACAAUGCAGCCAUGCGGGAUGGUGGCAAGUACAGCCUGGAGCAGCGCGGGAUCCUCCAGAAGCUGAUCCACCACCGGAAAGAGACCCUGUCCCGCAGAGGCCCCUCAGCCCCCAACCCUGCAACUAUGACCCCAUCCACCAGUGACCACCACCUGGAUGCUGCUGCUGCCAGGCAGCCCAAUGGGGUGUGUAGAGCUGGGUUCGAGCGGCAGCACAGCCUGCCCAGUUCUGAGUAUCUUGGGGCAGAUGGAGGCCUCUACCAGAUCCCACCACAGCCUCGCCGAGCAGCACCCGCCACGCCACCCCCACCCGUGAAGCGCCGAGACCGCGAGGCCCUAGUGGCCUUGGGGAGUGGCGGCCACAACGCCACGCCCUCUGGGGGCAGUUCUGUGUCCAGCAGCUCCUCUGUCGGCAGCACCUCCCUUGACACACUCUAUACCGGCUCCAGCUCAUCGGAGCCAGGCCCCAGCUGCUCACCCACGCCCCCACCUGUGCCCCGCCGAGGCACGCAUACCACUGUGUCCCAAGCCCAGCCCCCUCCGUCCAAGGUGCCAAACUCGGAGCCCCCUACAGAGGAGGUAGCGGUUGAUACAGCCCCAGCCCCUGAUGAGCUGGAAGCCCUGGGUGCGCUGAGCCUGGGGACCACAGAAGAGAAGGCGCUGGCUGAGACUGCUGUGCCCAGGACCAUCGGGGCAGAGCUGAUGGAGCUCGUGCGGAGGAACACUGGCCUGAGCCACGAGCUGUGCCGAGUGGCCAUUGGCGUCGUGGUGGGUCACAUCCAGGCCUCCGUGCCGGCCAGCUCACCUAUCAUGGAGCAGGUCCUCCUCUCACUGGUAGAGGGCAAGGACCUGAGCACUGCCCUGCCCUCAGGGCAGGUCUGCCACGACCAGCAGAGGCUGGAAGUGAUCUUUGCAGACCUGGCCCGGCGGAAGGAUGACGCCCAGCAGCGCAGCUGGGCCCUGUAUGAGGACGAGGGUGUCAUCCGCUGCUACCUGGAGGAGCUGCUGCACAUUCUGACAGAUGCAGACCCUGAAGUUUGCAAGAAAAUGUGCAAGAGGAAUGAGUUCGAGUCUGUCCUGGCCUUGGUGGCCUAUUACCAAAUGGAGCACCGGGUGUCACUGCGGCUGCUGCUCCUCAAGUGCUUCGGCGCCAUGUGCAGCCUGGACGCAGCCAUCAUCUCCACACUGGUGUCAUCUGUGCUGCCUGUGGAGCUGGCGCGGGACAUGCAGACAGACACACAGGACCAUCAGAAACUCUGUUACUCCGCCCUCAUUCUGGCCAUGGUCUUCUCCAUGGGAGAGGCAGUGCCCUAUGCACACUAUGAGCACCUGGGCACACCCUUCGCCCAGUUCCUGCUGAGCAUCGUUGAGGACGGGCUGCCCUUGGACACCACCGAGCAACUGCCGGAUCUCUGCAUGAAUCUACUUCUGGCUCUCAAUUUGCACCUGCCAGCCCCUGACCAGAACUUCAUCAUGGCCGCCCUGAGCAAACACGCCAAUGUCAAGAUCUUCUCCGAGAAGCUACUGUUGCUCCUGAACAGAGGGGAUGACCCCGUGCGCAUCUUUAAGCAUGAGCCUCAGCCGCCACACUCCGUCCUCAAGUUCCUGCAGGACGUGUUCGCCAGCCCCGCCACAGCUGCCAUCUUCUACCACACGGAUAUGAUGGCGCUCAUCGACAUCACUGUGCGGCACAUCGCGGACCUGUCGCCUGGAGAUAAGCUUCGCAUGGAGUACCUCUCCCUGAUGCACGCUGUGGUCCGCUCCACACCCUACCUACAGCACCGCCACCGGCUCCCCGACCUGCAGGCCACACUGCGACGCAUCCUAACCGAGGAGGAAGCCUCGCCCCAGUGCCAGAUGGACCGCAUGAUUGUCCAAGAGAUGUGCAAGGAAUUCCCGGUGCUGGGCGAGGCCCCCAGCUAGCACCUUCUUUUCCUCCCUUCCCUGCAGCCCUGGGUAGGGUGCAGGGGACUCGGAGGCUUGGCCCUAAGAAUGUUUUGCACUGACAGUUUGAGGGGAGGUGAUGGUGGAAGGGACCUAAGCAGGGACCCCCACCUGAAACAGAGCUAAUGAGAGGGGCCAAGCGCAGGAUUAGGGACCACGUGCUGGGAGCUAUGCUGGGGCAGGGGGAGUGUGAACUGAAGCCCCUCCAUCUCCUGCUGGGCUGCCUCUUCAGCAUGCCUCCCCACCCCACACACAUGCACACUCAGAGUCCUGCUGCUGCUCCAGGCUGGGCCAGAGCCCUCAUCCCCCGCGCCCACCUGGUCUGUGUCCUGGGCUUCAGCAAGCCGUGUCCCUGGGGUGAGAGGAGGCACCUUCCGCCAGCUCCGUUCUUUGCCUUAGCUUCGCAGUGAGUGCUGCUCAUGUGCUCUGUCCCCCCAGCCGCCACCCCGUGGGGGUCUCUGCCCCUCACUCCAGCCCCCAGAGGUCUUGGCCAAGCUGCUGCUUUGAAAGCAGAGUCUUAGAGACAGGCCAUCCACCCUGGAGCCUCACAGAAUGAGGUGAUGGCACUGAUAAAGCCAAUGACAGAAUCUAUUUUCUCUGUAAAAACGUAGACCGAAAAGCCAUGUGUAUUUUCCUGUGUGCUGCAGCUCAGCUUGGAAAUAAAUCACAGGCAUCUGGAAACAGGCUUCCCUGUAUGAUCCUGAGUGGUGGUGGGAGAGGAUGGGUGGGGGCGCUGGGGCCUCAGGACCUCGUCACUAGCUUGCCCUGUCCUCUCCAGCCUGAGGAGGUGAUGGUCCCUGACAGGCCUCUCCAUCGAGGUCCCUUGAGCCCUGUUCCAGCCUCUCUUCCCUGGGUUCCCACUUCUGGGCCACGGCCACAGCCACUGAGAGCCCCGUGGUCCAUUUGCAGGUGACUGCCCCUCCAGGCUUCACUUACAUCUUUCUUUGCCUUGAAUGCCGUGUCUGUCUCCCGUGUUGAAACCCUAUAUCCUUUACACCUGUUCUCAAAUGAAGCGUCUCCUGUCCAAGCCCUGGCCUCCCUGAACUCCUAGGCCUGCCCAGCUGUUUCCCUUCCUUAUUUGUCUUCCACUGGAUCCAGCGAGGUUCCCUCAUUUUGCAGCCUUAGCGGAGAUUUGGUAAUUACGGUAGGACAAAAAGAAUAUCUCAACAAGUGUGGGGUUAGUUGUGCACUACUGUUUGAGGGGAAUCAGAGGCCAACGUUGGGCAAAAAACUUUUUCCUCGUGGGCUCCCUAGUUAACGAAGGCUGUCACCAUAAGUUGGGGAAGAGAGUCAGAACCUGUAGGCAGACACCAGGCAGCAGCGGUUUCCAUCAGUUCCCUUCAUUUUGUUACCCAAGACGAUUCUCAUCAGAUUCCACACAUCCAGAAUCACUGAUACUGUGACUUCUGGCCACGACUUUUCCUUUCUUAAUGGGGUGCUGAAGGCAGAGGGCUGUUACUCUACCAGCAGAACGGAAUGCGGCAAGAAGCCCAGGAAGGCCAGUCUAGGGGUGGGGUCCCAGGGAAACAGGUCCAUGGGAGCAAAGCACAGGAGGCCAGCAGGGAGAUGUCCUUCCUGACCUGUUGACUCUUCCAGAAGUUUAAGUGCACAGGCUCACCUGGACCUGAGGAGGAGCUGACACAGUUGUCUGCAGGAAAGCUCUGUGUGGUACAACCUGGUCACUUCAUCCUGGAGGCCUCUGCCUCCCUUCCACAGGCGGAAUCAACAACGCUGACUUCCAGGUACAGCUCCUUUCUCAUUGGAGUGCUGAAGGCGGAGAGCCAUGGUUCUUCUCCUGAGAGCGAGUAACUCAGUGAUAAGUACAGGUCCUCAGGAAGCUGAGGCAGGAACAUUCGAUAGCCUCUGUGCCUUGCUCUGUUUGCUGUUAGGCUGCACACACUGACCUCGUGGGAAAAGCAGGGCCGUGCUGUGCCAUCUGUCCUAGUGCUGGCCCCCGUGAGAAACAAAGUGCAGCCCCGUGGCCGGAAGAUCAGAGCCCCUGCCCGCUUCUGCGUGAUUGUCCAACGGGCCCUUGCAUGUGUUUGUAAGGAGACACUCAGAGGGGCCAGGACUCCAGGACCAUCAAUAAACACCUUGAUGGUGUCUCACCGCACAGAAUUAAAACUACCAAGGACAAUGACUAACCAGAGAAGUCCUCAGGGAAGGAACUGUCUGAGAGAAUACCUCUGACUGCUUGGAAGGAUGGUAGACGUGGAUGUGGUUAGGCAGGGGAAAGGGCAAAGAGAGGGAGAACUAAGGCACUCAAAGAAAGGGGAGUGAUAGGGUGGGGCUGAGGAAAACUCAAAUUUUGAGGGACAGUGAGGGCUGGGCAUUUGGGCCAACCUCUGGGCUAGAAGUGGGUCCCUACAGGUGUGGCACCACGUCUGUGGGACAUGACUGAGGACAACAUGCUACACGUGCAUAAGGCAACUCCAGGGUGAGGGGUUGGGUGAAGACCACCUGCCUGCUCAGUCCCCAAAAGAUACAGACUGAGGCUCCAAGUAUGUGAGGAUAACCUUUUCUUUUUUUCUCUUAUUUCAUGGAAGAAUAGCAUACUAUGAAAACUACAGUAUGCAAAGAGUACAGCUUAAUGAAUUAUGACAGAAGAUGCUAAUAUAGUCACCACCCAGUGUCACCAGUUCCCAAAGCCCACUGUGCACCCCUCUCAAUCACCAACUCCUUCCUUCUCCCCAGGCCUCUUCCCUAGAGGUAAUUACUGAUAAGUUUUGCCUGUUUUUGAACUUUAUAUAAAUAGUCAUAUAGACACUGGCUUCUGCACUCACCAAGUUUUUGAGGUUUGUCUGUGUCAUAGUAUGUGGUUGUAGUUUGUUCAUUCCCAGUGUCGUAUGGGUUACACCCUCAAUUGCAGUUUCCAGUUUUUGUCUAUUACUAAUCAUGCUGUCAGGAGCACUGUUGUACAUGUCUUCUUGUUGCUCAUAUGCUUGGACUGGGAGAUACAUUCUCAAGAGUGGAAUUGCAGGGUCACAGGCAGAAACUGCCAAAUGUUCCAAAGUAGUUGUACCAGUGUACUCUCCUCCACUGGUGCCUGAGUUCCAACUGCUCUAUAUCUUUCCCAAAACCUGGUAUUGUCAGUCAUUUUCAUUUUAGUCAUUCUGGUGCAGUGUAGUAGUAUUUACUUUUACACUUGCGUUUCCCUGACGACUAAAGAGGUUGAGCACCUUUUCAUUAGUUUACUGGCUAUUUGGAUCUUCUCUUGUGAAGCACCUGUUCACAUCUCUUGCACAUUCAUUGACUGGGUUGUCUAUCUUUUGUUGGUUUGUAGUAUGUAUUCAAGAUAUGAGUCCUUGGGUUGUAUAUCUUACAGUAUCAUCUCCCAUUCUUAACAUCUUUUGAUGAAAGGAAGUUCUUAAUUAUAAUGUAAUCCAAUUUUUCAGUAUUUUCCUUUAUGGUUAGUACAUUUUGUAUCCUAUUUAAAAAAAAUAUAUUUGCUUAAAGUCACGAACUUCUGUGUUCUCUUCUAAAAGCUGUAUUGUCUUUCCUUUCAUAUUCACAUGUCAAAUCUGGAAUUGAUUAUGAAGGUAGUAUGAAGUAGGGGUCUCAUUUAAUUUUUUUCUGCGUGGAUAUCCAAUUGACCCAGCACCAUUUAUUGGAAAGCCCAUCCUUUGUGUUUGGCUCUUAAGAGCCACCCUUGUCAAAAUUCAAGUCUCCACACAUCUUUAGGCCCCUCUCUGGAUUUUGUUCCAUUCAUCUGUCUAUUCCUGCACCAGCACCAUACAGUCUUGGUUUCUGUAGCUGUAGCUUUCUUGAUCUCCUGUAGAUGAAGCUGUUCUCCUACUUGGGUUUUCUUCAGACUGUCUUGGGUAUUCCUGGCCCUCAUACGUUUUAGAAUCCAGUUUGUCAGUUUACACACACACACACACACACACACACACACACACACUACACAGUAUCUGCUGGGACUUCUAUCGGAGUUGCAUUGAAUCCAUUCUUUGGGAAGAAUUAGCAUGUGUGCAAUACAGGCAUACCUCAUUUUUGUUGCACUUCACAGAUAAACUGCAUCUGUUACAAAUUGAAAGGUGUUGAAGGUUUGUGGCAAACCCUGUGUCAAGCAAGUCUAAUUGUUGCCAAUUUUCCAACAGGAUCUGCUCACUUCAUGUCUCUGUGUCACAUUUUGGUAAUUCUCAUAAUACUUCAGACUUUAUC